CAAAAACUUUUUCCUUGUCACUCUCUUCAUAUUCUAAACUUUUCCUUAACCACUAAGCCUUCUUUCCUCUCUUCUCAUCAUCUUUCUCAAUCUUCUUUCACAUUCUCUGCAACCUUAGCAAGAUCCAAAGGAAGUGAGGCCGGCCUAAUUCGCUAUCAAGCUAGCUAUGUGUCCUUCAAUGGCAGAUAGGGAUGAUUCCUACACUCCCAAACCUAAGAAACUAAGCUUAGAAGUCUCAGCAAACCAAGCAAAUCAGGAGAGUUCAAGUAAGUAUUACAAUCAGUUCCUCUACAAAGCCAUCAUUGUUGCACUUUUCCUAGUCAUAGUUCCCCUUCUUCCUUCCCAAGCUCCUGAAUUUGUUAACCAGAAUUUACAGUAUUCAAGGAGUUGGGAACUUCUUCAGCUAAUCUUUGUAGGUAUAGCUGUUUCUUAUGGCCUUUUUAGUAAGAGAAAUGAUGAAACUGACAAGGAUCAUCAUAAUCAACAACAACAACACAAUAGCCCUGCAGCUACUAAUAAGUUUGAUAAUGCACAGUCUUAUGUUGCUGGACUCCUUCAGGUUUCAUCAGUUUUUGAUGAUGAAACCGAACCCACUUCAGUUUCUGAUGAUACUAAUAGUAACAAGAUUCAAACUUGGAAUUCUCAGUACCAAAGGAAAGAGCCAAUGGUGGUGGUUGCUGAAAAAAGCCCUGUUCUUGAGAAACAGAGGGGUACAGCUUCAAGAUUUGAUGAAAAGCCUCUGCUUUUGCCUGUCAGAAGCUUGAAAUCACGGGUUUCUGAGCCUGAUGAGAAGCAAAUGACAAGAGAAAACAGUUUCAAUAAUGCUUCCAUCACCCGGGCAAGCUCGAAUUCAGUUUCCAAGAGAUUCUCUUCCAGCAAUUCAGGUAAAGCAAGAAACGGCGAAUUCGCCGGGUUGAGCCUGGUGGAUGCUGAUGAUAACAACAUGGAGGCAAAUGUUGUCCUUCGUUCGCCAAUUCCAUGGCGAUCGAGAUCAGGAAGGAUGGAGAUGAAGGAAGGUGAUCAGGAGGGCAUUAAUUCAUACUCUCUGCCUCCUUCAGCAGAGGAUUCUGAACACAAAAAGUUUGAAUCCCCGCGUUCAUUUAGAUCUCAAUCAUCCCGUUCACUUAGAACUCAUGAAUCUGUUUCUUCCCCAUCACCAAACAAAUCAUCCACUCCCCCACAAACACCUUCUUCAUCAUCCAAGAAUCUAUCUCCAUCCCAUUCCUUUUCAUCUGAAUAUCAAGCAAAAAGUGCUGAGGAUUUUGCAAGGAAAAAGAGUUAUGUCAAAACAACACCUCCUCCAGCUCCCCCUCCACCGCCUCCUCCAUUUUACCGCAAAUCCCCCCUGGAAAAAUCAAAUUCUGCCCUCAUGAACAGGCAGGAUUUUCCUCAGAAAGAGUUGAGACGAAGUGUUAGAAGUGUACCAGAUGAGUUCGUUAAGACUGAAUUAGAGAGCCUGACAAGAAGAACAAAUUCAGGGCCAGAGUUAAGGCCUAAAGCUCAGACUGAUGUUUCAUCAUUCGGGAAAUCUGUUCGAACAAUCAGAUCAGCUGAAUCGAUCACGAGGGAGAUCAAGCCGAAGGAGUUUGAUGCAGAUGUGAUGGGUGAAGUGGCAAAGGAAAUUGAAGCAAAAUCACAAGCUAAAAGAGAAUUAACUAACAAGCUAAUGCGCGAGGCAGAGCCGAAAUUCAGGAGAAUGACUUCCAAUGAGUUGCAAAUGGCAGAAAAGGAAGAUUCCAUCGAAAAAGUGCUCGUGGAAACCGAUGAGAGCUCAGAGGAGGAAGCUGAAAGCGAAGAUGAUUACGUUGAAGAAAGUGUAGGAAGUUCAGGCAAUGCUGAAGAAGUACCUGCUUCCAAUGUGGAUAAUGCUAAUGCUGCUGCUGAUGAAGGGCCUGAUGUUGAUAAGAAGGCUGAUGAGUUCAUAGCCAAAUUUAGGGAGCAAAUAAGGCUUCAAAGAAUAGAAUCAAUCAGGAGAUCAACUGAGCAGAUUGCUCGUAAACAAUCAUCGCGGAAAUGAGCUUGUUCUUACUUCUAUGAUUUGCUUCUUCAUAGAACAUAUGUUACCAAGAAGGUGCUUUAUUCCAAAAUCUUCGCGGUGGAUUUACUGGGGAUUGUCAUGUGCUUGCAACUUAAUAAGAGAAUAUGCUGACCUUGAAGUAAUUAAAGGGAUGAUGAUGACUCGGAGAGAUGAUACUUUUCUUUAGGCCUCAAUACUUUCAGUUUUGCUUUUUCAAUCGGAUCUGUAGCUGGAGCUGCAAUAGAAUAUUUAACGGAAAGCCCCCCAAAUAGAAACAAACUGAUUGUAAUUUCCUGUUUUGUUUCUGCAAAAUAAAUUACUUUUGGGACCCAUACUUAUUUCGUCUCGAAAAUUACUCGAUGUAGCAAGCAAAACUAUUUUUUUAAGACAAAAAUAAUUUUAAAAUACGAACAAAGUGUCACGACCC